CGUGCUUAGACAGCUCCUGUGGUGCUCGUCCGGCAGAUGGCGGAAGGAGGUGGCACACGCGUGAUUCAGAACUUCUUGCUGCAGCGCAGAGUGGAGAAGGAGCAGAAGAAGGUGGAGGAUCUGGAAAAUAAGCUGCAAGAGUCGCAGCAGCUGUUGGAGACUGCCCUGGCACGGAGGGAAGCUGAUGCUCGCGGGGCUUCGCAGGAGGAUGCGCCGACACCGACCCUACGAAAGGUGGUCAGGAGCACCUCAUCUCUGCGGCUCGAGGCAGAGGAGGCCGCGGCCCUGGAGCUGGAGAACCGCCAGCUCCGGCGCCGCGUGGCCGAACUGGAGGAGGCGGCUGAGAAGGUGGAGACGGCGGGGGCGUCCAAAGAGAAGCCCAAGGUGAAGAAGCACCUGGCCUUGCUGCAGGCAGUGGAGGAGAGCGAAGACUCGGAUGAGGAAGCUGAUCUCAAGCAGGAGAAGCGCAUGAAAGCGAUCAUGCUUUCUGGAAAGUGGAGGAAGUUUGCAGAGGGCUUGCGGCGAAUUGAGCGGGAGCAAGACAUGGAGGACAUUGAAGCAGAGAACGAAGAGCUGAAGGACAAAGUCCAUGAGAUGGAGGAGAAAGUCAAGCAGGUGAAGCAUGAGAACCACCGGCUUUUGCAGCAAAUCCAGGACGACAUCCGGGUGCAGGGUGGCUACAAGGACGCGCUGGAGCACGCGCACCAACAGCUGGAAACGGCGCACAUGGAGUGCGACAUCCAGCGCAGCAAAGUGCACGACCUGCAGGAGAUGUUGGAGCAGCUGGAGCUGGAGCUGAGCUUCGCCAAGAUGGAUGUGGGCUCCAAGUCGCAGAAGCUGGAAGAUGUCGCACCGGUGGCACUGGCCGAGCCGGGCGGGCCUCGCCUGGGCCGCAUCAGCGUGGAGGAGGAGGCUGACAUGCUGGCCAAGCAGUUGACUCAAGGUUCUGCGCAGAUUGCCCCCGAGUUCGUUGCAAGAUGCGUACAGCUGAUCAAGUCAAACCUGGUCCUUCAGAGGAAGCUCUCGGGCUUGCUGGAGUGGCGCUCAGAGGCCACUGUGAGCAAGUUGCAGGGAGAGCUGACGAACGAGGCGAGUCUGGUGAAGUCCUUGCGGUCAAAGCUUCAAAGCGGAGGCCGGGUUCGCGCCUCUAUGGACAUGAGCGCUUCCAAUGAGGUGAAGGCAGCCUGUGAGAGCCAGAUCAACGACCUGAAGGCGCAGUGUUACGAGAUGGAGCGUCUCUUGCAGCGAGAGCGGACGGAAGCCGCAGAGGAGGAGGCACAACGGCGCGCGGAGCUGCGGGAGCAAGACUUAGAGCUACAAGCCAUGCAGGAGAGUGAGGCCCAGCAUCAGGACGAGCUGCAGUCUUUGGAAGCUUCCCUGGCCGACACCUGGCGUGUGGUGCGCGAGGAGGUCCACGAGCUUUCCCAGCUACGGGAGGGCAGUGUCGAGCAACGCUUGGAGGAAGCGGAAGCGACUAUUGAAGCAAUGUCUAGCUUCACCAACGAGGCAGAGUCAAACAUUGAGGGGCUGACAAAGGAGCACCAGCUCUUGGAAGAGCGCUGCCAAGCACUGACAAGCGAGAGGUCCAAGCUGCUGGCAAACGUAGCCUCCCUCAAUGAGAUGCGGGAAGGCCAAGAGCAGCAUGCGGCCGGACGGCUCGAGAAGGACAAGGAGCUACUGGAGUCAAGGUGCCACGUCCUUGAGGCACAGGAGGAGGAGAUAGCUGCGCAGCUUGGAAGCCUUUCUGAGGCAGCGACGGUGGAGAAGGGCAAGGCUGAUAGCUUGGUUCAAGAGCUAGCUGCCAUGCGACAGGAAAUGGAGGAGGCAGCGCGGUCAAAGGGGCUGGAUGGUUCGGAUUCCGUGAGUGCGCUGGAAGAGCGAUAUGCAGAGCUCAGCGAGGCCCAUGAGAAGGUGAAAGGCGAGCUGCAGCAGGAACAGCAUCGGCACGAGAGCUGCGUCACCCUGGAAUCCGAGAUCAAGGAGCAGCAGGAGAAGGCCGUUGUGGAGAAGCGCAAGGCUGAUAGCUUGGUUCAAGAGCUAGCUGCCAUGCAACAGGAAAUGGAGGAGGCAGCGCGGUCAAAGGGGCUGGAUGGUUCGGAUUCCGUGAGUGCGCUGGAAGAGCGAUAUGCAGAGCUCAGCGAGGCCCAUGAGAAGGUGAAAGGCGAGCUGCAGCAGGAACAGCAUUGGCACGAGCGCUGCGUCACCCUGGAAUCCGAGAUCAAGGAGCAGCAGGAGAAGGCCGUGGUGGAGAAGAGCAAGGCUGAUAGCUUGGUUCAAGAGCUAGCUGCCAUGCAACAGGAAAUGGAGGAGGCAGCGCGGUCAAAGGGGCUGGAUGGUUCGGAUUCUUUGGUGGAAGAGCGAUAUGCACAGCUUAGCGAGGCCCACGAGAAGGUGAAAGGCGAGCUGCAGCAGCAACAGCAUUGGCACGAGCGCUGCGUCACCCUGGAAUCCGAGAUCAAGGAGCAGCAGGAGAAGGCUAAAGCGGAACUGAAGUCCCGUGAGAUGUCGGCAGAGCUGUCUGUCGGUCCCCUGGAGGUCGCCCAGGCAGGCGGAAUGGAAAGCUCCCCAGCCUCACUCGCCUCGCCAGCCUCACCCUCCAAGCAGGCUUCCUUUGGCUCCUCCUUGGCUGCGCUGCGUCGUGCCCGCGCCUCCAUCUCCGGCGGAACCGCCACCGCCGCCGUGGCGUCUGGCGCCGCGCCGGCCGCCGCGCCGGCCGCCGCGCGGCUGCGUCGCCCGCCGCGUCGCCCGGCGCGUCGCCCGGCGCGGCCGCAUCGCCUGCAGCAUCGGCCUCGUCGCCCAAAGAUGGCGCUGGGGCGGCGGCUUUGGCGCUGCAGCGGCUGAAAGCUGCCGCUUCCAAGGCGGCCAAGGACCCGAAAGACCCGAAGGACCCGCAGGACCCCAAGGCCUCGGACACGGCGAAGCCGAAGGCGACUGCCAGCUCGGGCCCCGUCUCUGCAGGUGUGGCGGCGCAGCGAAGCAAGGCCACCAGUCUUCUGCAGAAGGCCUUGAAGUCCACUGACACCGGAGGCUAGACCUCGACAUAUUCGCUCAGCAGUUUGUCACACGCUCGUCGACGAGAUGACCACCAGGGAGGUUGCCAACAUGCUGAAGUUCCAGAACAACGCGGCAGCAGCCACUGGCAAGACUGGCUGCCCCGCCUCCAAGUGUGAGAAACUUCGGAGGCGGGUGAAAUUGAGGCUUCUUAGAUUAGAGCCUUCAAAGGUCUGGUGUUUGAGUGGCUU